AGACGCGCGCGGAUAGUAACGCCACAGAUGCGCUCAUCAGCUGAGGCGUGAGGACGACACGAUUCCCCGAUACUACAGCCGCUUUCACGCUAAAAUGCGACUCUCAGCACAUUAUAAAGCGUAAGCGCUGCGUAUGAUGGAUAUGUAUGCUAUUGGCGGAUGGAUUAACACGGGAACCUUAACCUAAACGAAUUUAAUGGGGAAAAUUAGAAGAGUCUCAUUAAGAUGACACGCACACAUCCACCUGAUAUACUAGUAUCAACAGUGUAUCAAGAUGUUAAAGUAAAUUCCCUCUCAAACCACUCCAAAGCCUGUCAUCCCUCAAAACAAUGUGAUUCCCCAUCCAUCAGCAAACUGGAGAACACUCGAAAAAGCAAAAGCAAAAAGAGGCACUGCCGUAGCUUUGACACUGAGUCUAUGGACAAACCCCGAUAUCAUACAAUAGCAAUGGAGUACCCAUACCGAAGGGCUGAAAGGUAUGCGGCCAAUCCAGAGGUUGCCUGGAACGCCUUAGGUCGCCAACAAGGGCAUGGACUUCACCGGUUUUCUUCCCCAGACAUAUUUAGCUACCGUCUCACCUCCCAGCCAAUGACUGCUGAGAUGCCUGGUGAAAUUGCUGUGACAGAACAAAAGAGGAGGACUAGAUCUAGAAGUGCCUCACGGGUUCAGACCAGCCUAACUCCUGUGUCUUUUGAUGCUUCCCCUCCAGUGGCAAGGAGAGGCCGGGAAGCUCAAAGGGCGCAUCGAAACACUCAGCCAAGGCCGGAAGUUUCCUCAAGAGGAGAGUCUUCCUACGUCGCCACGCGGGCACACGUGAACGAAGUACAUCCCAUCAAACUGCAGCCGCAGAGGAGUGAUACAAGCAGGUAUUCCCCUGCACAUGUGCCUGAAGGCUUUGACGAAGGAAGGUCAGAGAAACCUGCCACUAGUCCUCAUGUUCGGUGCCGGGUAGACAUCAAACCAGAUGAGUCGGCUGUGCAGCAAGGAGGCCGAAAGGCAGCUACACCCCAUGUGGACAUACCUUGGCAGAAGUAUCCCAGCAGUGGCAGUCGGAGUCUGACAGUGCCUCGCCAUUUCUCCACUUCGAGGACACCGACUCCCACUGAGUCUUUCACUGGAGAGUACAGGCAGGCGUACCAGUAUUCCCAAAGUAUGCCAAAUAGCUACAUGCAGCCUAUGGAGAUCCCUUUACAAAAGGUGGUCUCGCCACGGGAGCCAAGGGAACCCUAUGGACGGGAACGAAGGGCUCAUUCAAGCCCCAACGUGCCAACUAAAUUCUUCUAUGCAGAGGAUUUGGGAAAGUAUGGAUCUUCAGCUCCAUCAAGGACUCAUUAUCAAGAUGACCGAUACAGCAUUCCUAGCCAACCCUACUCACCUAAAGUACAAUAUGUACAAGAUCCAAGGACUCACAUUGUUCAUACUGUACCUUCCCGGCAAUAUUUCACAGAAGUCGACCCCUACCAUUACCCCGGACAGCCUGUGUACCCUAAACCCUAUGCUGCAAGUGAGCCAGGGGCGUAUAUAAUUCAGACACCUCCUGCAAGGACUUUCUAUGGCGAUGACCCAAGGACAUAUCAGAUUCAAACAGCCCCUCCUCGGAUCUUCUACAUGGCCGACUCCUACACACCACCAAUGGAGCAUCAUAUUCCUGCAAGGGCGUACUACACUGAGGGAAGACGGCAUGCCCGUGUGGUGCAGCCGCAAUCAGAGGACUGGUACGGCUCCGAGGUCUCUGGCUACUCUAGCCAUUACCCUUCCUCGUAUGUUUCACAGGUUACUCCCACGAGAGUUAGACAAGAGCCAAAGCUCACAACUUGGUAUGCCAACCCAUGCAUGGAGCCAGCAAGAACCGUAACAGACCCAAGACCGUACUCAAGAUCUUGGGAUAACAUCCUUGAUACCCAUGUAGAGCGGGAACAGCCCGUACCUCGAGGGAAAAGCGAUGAGAAUCUUCUUUGUCAGGGGAUACAAACUUCAAGUGAACGACCAAAACCUGUGGUUGUCAACCUUUCCAGCUCACCAAGGCGUUAUGCUGCACUGUCCUUAUCUGAAAACUCUUUGAUUGACAAAAGUCCAACUGAGGCCAGGAGCUCUUCGAGUAAACUGUGGUUUGUCACACCUGAGAUUACCAUCACAGACAAUGAUAUCAGACCAAGCAAUCUUAGUAAAUCAGAAGCACGCUCUGCAAGUUGGGAUGUGCUGGAUUCAAAAAGUGCCCCAAAUCAAGAAGCCCCUCAACGUGAAGCAAAAUCCCGCUCUGGAGAAUCUACCAAAGAGAAAAUACACAGCAGCACAUCUUUACAGCAAAGUUUAGAGCAGCUUGAUGAGCUUCUAGCAGAUCUUGUUAUCGAUUACAAACCUCCAGCCAGGAGGACAAGUGAAGACUUGCUCGAUCAACUCAAAAAGCUCAUUGAUGAAGAAGAAGCAGUAUCUUCAGCAAGAAAGGAUUCGAUGGCAGGAUCUGAAAGUGGCAUGCCCCUUGACAAACAACCCACUUCAAUAAAAAUUGAUCCUGACACACUAAGAGACACUGACGGGAGUUGUGACGGCCUGAGAAGUACAGAAGAGUGCUCCCCUGACCAGAGUCCCGAUGAGGACGACACUAUGAUGUGUUCAAACAAUAAAUGCCGACGGACUGAGACCUUGUUUAACGCCUGCCUCUACUUUAAAUCCUGCCACAGCUGCUAUACCUACUACUGCUCUCGCAACUGUCGCCGCGAAGACUGGGACGUCCACAAGGAGAGCUGCCUCUAUGGACGAAUCGGUAGUGUGUGUCGCCACGUUAUUAAGCACUGUCGAGAAACCGCAGAGGUCCAUAAAGCUUUCUCCCGUAUAGCCAAAGUGGGGUACCUGUCUCGGGGCAGAGGAGUCUUGUUUUUGGGCUUUCCAAAUCCAGGUUCGUCCACAAAUUUCCUUCAGUUUGGACUAGAAAGUCUACUCAUGUCACCAACAUACUUAUCUCUCCGUGAGCUGGAGAGCUUCAAGGAUAACCUUGGGGAAUAUUGCAAGGAGCUCCAAGAGGCGGGAAAGGAAUACGACCCUAAUGAAUGUUUUCUCUUGAAUGUAUCCAUUGCUGUUGGUGAUCAAGUGCCUGACGGACCGUCGCCAAGGGUCCAAGCCCCAACUGUCAGGAAAUUUGCCAAGAUUGCUCUUGCCUCCUACAGCCCAGAAAAGAAGGUCCAUCGGAAGGAAACCGACAUGGAGACGUUGAUCCUGACCCCACCGCCAGGUAUGGCUGACAUUGACAAGGAAGGCGAGGAGGGAAGGAAAGCCCGGGAGAUCUGCUUCAUCAACAUUCAGCGGGAGUUGAGGAUACGUGGGGUGUUUCUUCGCCAUGAGUAUCCCAAUGUCUACCAAAAGCUCUGCGAGUUUGUUGAGAACAACAGGAGGUUCACGCCCACUACUAUUUAUCCCAUUGAUAAAAGGACCGGCAAGCAGUUCAUGUGCAUGAUAAUGGCAGCCUCUGAGCCACGAACUUUAGACUGGGUAGCCAACCCACAUCUCCUAGAUGACAUUAUAUAAAAAAAAAAAAGUGCACCUUUUAUAUAUUAAAUCAUAGAUCAAACUAUAGUACAUAUCUAAAUAUACCAAGCUUAUUUGUUAUACAUGUUUGUAGAUAUGUAUUUUGUUAAUGAAAAAAAAAAUGUAUUCAUGUCUGCAAGGUCAGUAUUAUUCAAUGUUGGAAUAUUGCCCAUCAGAUGUUGAAUAUGAGUAAUUCACACAGUUUAUCCAUCGACUUUAUAUUUAGUCCUAGGAUUUGUUCAUUUAUGCUUCACUGGCAAUUACUGCCAUUGUUUUCUUUGUAGCAAUUCUCUUUUGAUAUUCUUUUAUUGUUCAUGAAGAGAAAGAGAGAAAAAAAAUAAUCUUGAUUUAUUUUGGCAAACUACAGAAUUAUGUACUUAUUUACGUCAGAGCUGAAUAUUUUUUCCUAUGCAAAAAAUGACCAACAUUGUCCCGCAAAAAUGUUGAAAAAGUUUUGGCUAAAGAAAUAUAAUACUAUAUUUCUUUUUAUCACAAAAAAAUAUUGUGUAUUUUUAUUGAUAUGUUAAUACAGGCAUUAUAUUAUAUUAUAUUAUAUUAUACUAUAUUAUAUUAUAUUAUAAACAUAGUAAAAAAAAAAAGAAAAAGAACUUAAUGCAGAGUAGAAACAGUACAUAUAAAGGGCUGUGGAUUAUCCACGGUCUAUUAAAUGUACUUUGAGGAACGGCUUUAAUUAAAAAGAGAGCUGUUCAGAAUUAAGCAACACCUAGAAUUUUGUGCUCCAACCUGGUAAACUCAUUUUCGUAAAUGGUUUACGUAAUUUAGGUUUCGAUUUAAUGAAGUAAUUGGUGCUUUUAUGUAUGUUUAGUAGAAUUACUUGAGCAAUAAUGAACUUGAAGACAAAAUCUGGAAAAUAUUGGUAUGCGCUGCACAUUAGGUGUUGGCCGGUACUGUUCCAUCAGAAACACUGUGAACUGAGAUAUCUCUUAUAUGCGUGUAAUUGAUAGAGUUUCCUUGUGAUCACCUAUUAGACUUGGAAAUAUUUUAGUAGUUGUUAAGAUUAUGAGGGAUAUGAUAUCAGAUGCGGCUGUAGUUAAGUCUCUAGGAAAUGGAAUCAGAAUUGCUGUAGGCUAUAUUGGUUACCAAGCUUGGAAAAAUUGUUUUUUUGUGUGUGUGGUUUUGUUUUCACUUACUGGUUUGACAUUGGAAUUUCAGACGUUCAACAAUUUGACAGACGCUACAAUACAAAUGCAACAUGUGGUAGCAAAACACAGCACUGAUUCUUGAGUUACAGCACAAAAUGGUCCACAAUUAGAUCUGCCAUUAGUAUAAGUAGGUCUGUUAAUAGCGAGCGACACCAGAAAAACAAUUAAUUGAUACAUGCAAAAACAAAAUGGUUAUGUCAACACUCAGAUGUCUAAUUUCUGUCAACAGAUGCACCGACAAUCUGUUUAAAACCAUGCUGUAUUAUCAAUUCAAUCUUAAAGUGUAAUGCUGGAUUUGUUAUCUAUAAGUAUUUGACCUAACAGUACAUGUUUUUAUCUG